CAACCCCAGCCUGGAGAGGCCCCAGGAGGUGGGGACAGCGCGGGCUGCAGCGGCCGCGACGCCUGGGGGAGCUGAAGAGGAGGGGGACACUGCCACCCGCAGCCUCGCGGCGCUCACUGCAGUCUCGACAGCGGCCAAGCCCGGCCAAGCCGGGCGCAAUCGGCUGAGGCAGAGGCAGGAAAGGAACCAUGUUCCCAGCUUGCCCUUGCCUCUGGGUCCUCGUGGUCCUGGGCUCCAGCUGGGCAGGCUGGGGGAGCCUAGGGGCUGAAGCAGCGCGGCUAAGGCAGUUCUACGUGGCUGCUCAGACCAUCAGCUGGAACUAUCGUCCCGAGUCCACAUACCUUAGUUCGAAUACUUUUGCAACCUCCUUUAAGAAAACUGUCUACAGAGAGUAUGAAGCAUAUUUUCAGAAAGAAAAACCACGAUCCAGAACUUCAGGACUUCUUGGGCCUACUUUAUAUGCUGAAGUUGGCGACAUCAUGAAAGUUCACUUUAAGAAUAAGGCAGACAAGCCCUUAAGCAUCCAUCCUCAAGGAAUUAAGUACAGUAAAUUCUCAGAAGGUGCUUCUUACCCUGACCACACAUUCCCUGUGGAGAGGAUGGAUGAUUCUGUAGCUCCAGGCCAAGAAUAUACCUAUGAGUGGAAUAUCAGUGAGGACAGUGGGCCCACCCACAAUGACCCUCCAUGCCUCACAUAUAUCUAUUACUCCUAUGAAAAUCUGGUACACGACUUCAACUCUGGACUGAUUGGACCUCUGCUUAUUUGUAAGAAAGGCACCCUAACUGAGGAUGGGAUACAGAAGAUGUUUGACAAGCAACAUGUACUGAUGUUUGCUGUGUUUGAUGAAAGUAAAAGCUGGAACCAGACAUCAUCCCUAAUGUACACAGUCAAUGGCUAUGUGAAUGGGACAAUGCCAGAUAUAACAGUUUGUGCCCAUGACCACAUCAGUUGGCAUCUGAUUGGAAUGAGCUCUGGGCCAGAACUGUUCUCCAUUCAUUUCAACGGCCAGGUCCUGGAGCAGAACCAUCAUAAGAUCUCAGCCAUCGCUCUCGUCAGUGCUACGUCCACAACUGCAAACAUGACCGUGAGCCUAGAGGGAAAGUGGGUCAUAUCUUCGCUCAUCCCAAAACAUUUUCAAGCUGGGAUGCAGGCUUACAUAGACAUUAAAAACUGUGCAAAGAAAACCAGGAAUCCUAAGAAACUAACUCGAGACCAGAGGCGGCACAUUAAGAGAUGGGAAUACUUCAUUGCUGCAGAGGAAGUCAUUUGGGACUAUGCACCUAUAAUACCAGCAAACAUGGACAAAAAGUACAGAUCUCUGCAUUUGGAUAAUUUCUCAAACCAAAUUGGAAAACAUUAUAAGAAGGUUGUCUACAAACAGUACCAAGAUGCAUCCUUCACCAAACGCCUGGAGAAUCCCAAUAGCAAAGAAGAUGGGAUCUUGGGCCCUAUUAUCAGAGCCCAGGUCAGAGACACACUUAAAAUCAUGUUCAAAAAUAUGGCCAGCCGCAGCUACAGCAUUUACCCUCAUGGUGUGACCUUCUCUCCUUAUGAAGAUGAAGUCAACUCUUCCUCUACCUCAGGCAGUAACACCAUGAUCAAAGCAGUUCAACCAGGGGAAACCUAUACUUAUAAGUGGAACAUCCUAGAGUCUGAUGAACCCAUGGAAAAUGAUGCUCAGUGCUUACCAAGACCAUACUACAGUAAUGUGGACAUCACAAGGGACAUUGCCUCUGGGCUGAUAGGGCUACUUCUAAUUUGUAAGAGCAGAUCCUUGGAUAAGCGAGGCAUACAGAGGGCAGCAGACAUCGAGCAGCAGGCUGUGUUUGCUGUGUUUGAUGAGAACAAGAGCUGGUACAUUGAGGACAACAUCUACAAGUUUUGUGAAAAUCCUGAGAAGGUGAAACGUGAUGACCCCAAGUUUUAUGAGUCAAACAUCAUGAGCACUAUCAAUGGCUAUGUGCCUGAGAGCAUACCCACACUAGGAUUCUGCUUUGAUGACACCGUCCAGUGGCACUUCUGUAGUAUGGGAACCCAGAAUGACAUUUUGACCAUUCACUUCACUGGGCACUCAUUCAUCUAUGGAAAGAAACACGAGGACACCUUGACCCUCUUCCCCAUGUGUGGGGAAUCUGUGACCGUCACAAUGGAUAAUGUUGGAACUUGGAUGUUAACUACCAUGAAUUCCAAUCCAAGAAGCAAAAAACUGUGGCUGAGAUUCAGGGAUGUCAAGUGUAUCCGGGAUUAUGAUGAUGACUCAUACGAGAUUAUAUACGAACCUUCAAGAUCUACAUCCAUAACUACAAGGAAAAUGCGUGAUUCUUCAGAAAUCAAAGAUAAAAAUAAUGAUGCUGACUAUGAUUACCAGAACACACUGGCUUUAUCAUUAGGAAUCAGGUCAUUCAGAAAUUCAUCAUCGACUCAGGAGAAAGAUGAGUUCAAUCUUACCGCCCUGGCUCUGGAGAACAACUCUGAAUUCAUUCCUCCAAGUACCAACAGAACUGUUGGUUCAAAUUCUUCUUCCCCAGGUAACAUUAGCAGGCUUAUUGCCAAUAACUUUGCACAACCUCUGAAAAUUCUUCCUCACCCAGAAGCCACCACAGCUGGUCCCCCGCUGGAACACACCAGCUUAGAUAAGAACUCAGUUCUCAACCCUCCCACAGCAGAGCAUUCCAGCCCCUAUUCUGAAGACCCUACGGAAGAUCCUCUAUACUCAGAUGUCACAGGGAUAAGCCUGCUUGCAUUUGGUACAGAAGAAUUCAGAAAUCAAGAACAUGCUAAACGUAAAAGAUUCAAGGCAGGAAGAGGCCGAGCAACAAAGCAUAGGUUCUCCCAGAUGGAAUUCCCAGCACAUAAAACUGGUAGACAUUUAAGCCAAGGCAACUCUUCUUCUUCCAGAAUAGGGCCCUGGGAGAACCUUCCCAGUGACCUGUUACUCUUACAACAAAAGGAUCCAUCUAAGAUUCUGAAUGGGGAAUGGCAUUUGGUUUCUGAGAAAGGCAGUUAUGAAAUAAUCCAAGAUGCUUAUGAAGACAAGGCUGUUAAUAAGCUGCCAAACAGCCCCCAGAAUGACUCAAGGACUUGGGGAAAAAACAUCCCUUUUAAAAACAAGCAUGGAAAGCAGAGUGGCCACCCAACAUUUUUUGUAACUAGACGUAAACCUCUACAAGGAAGACAAGAUGGAGGAAAUAGUAGAUUGAAGAAAGGCCUUUUUUUAAUUAGGACACGAAGAAAGAAAAAGGAAGAGAAGCCUGCACACCAUGUUCCUCUAUCUCCAAGGAGUUUUCACCCACUGAGAGUAGAGGCCAACACCCCAUUUUCAGACGGGAGACAUAAUCAUUCAUUGUUACUCCAUACAUCCAAUGAAACAUCUCUUCCCGCAGACCUCAAUCAGACAUUCCCCUCUAUGAACCUUAGCCUCAUAGCCUCACUUCCUGAUGGUGAUCAAAACUCCCCAAAUGACACCAGUCAGACAAGCUCCCCUCCAGAUCUUUAUCAGACAGUGAGCCCAGAAGAACACUAUCAAACAUUCCCUAUUCAAGACUCUGAUCCAACGCACUCCACUACAGUCACCAGUCACAGAUCUCCUCCUCCAGAGCCCAGCCAGAUACCCGACUAUGACCUAAGAAACAAGGCCUUCCCUACUGAUGUUAGUCAAACGUUCCCUUCCUUGGAACUUGAAGUCUGGCAGACAACCACCUCUCUAGACCUCAGUCAGCCAUCCCUCUAUCCAGAUCUCAGCCAGACAACCCUUUCUCCAGACCCUGGCCAGGAGACUCUCUCUCCAGACCUCAGCCAGACGGCCCUUUCCCCAGACCUUAGCCAGGAGACUCUCUCUCCAGACCUCAGCCAGACAACACUUUCCCCAGACCUCAGCCAGACUUUCUCUCCAGACCUCAGCCAGGAGACUCUCUCUCCAGACCUCAGCCAGACAACACUUUCCCCAGACCUCAGCCAGACUUUCUCUCCAGACCUCAGCCAGGAGACUCUCUCUCCAGACCUCAGCCAGGAGACUCUCUCUCCAGACCUCAGCCAGACAACACUUUCCCCAGACCUUAGCCAGGAGACUCUCUCUCCAGACCUCAACCAGAUGGCCCUUUCCCCAGACCUUAGCCAGGAGACUCUCUCUCCAGACCUCAGCCAGACAACACUUUCCCCAGACCUCAGCCAGACUUUCUCUCCAGACCUCAGCCAGGAGACUCUCUCUCCAGACCUCAGCCAGACAACACUUUUCCCAGACCUUAGCCAGGAGACUCUCUCUCCAGACCUCAGCCAGAUGGCCCUUUCCCCAGACCUUGGCCAGGAGACUCUCUCUCCAGACCUCAGCCAGACAACCCUUUCUCCAGACCCUGGCCAGCAGACGCUCUCUCCAGACCUCAGCCAGACAACGCUUUCCCCAGACCUCAGCCAGGCUCUCUCUCCAGACAUCAGCCAGACAACCCUUUCUCCAGACCUUAGCCAGACGACUCUUCCCCCAAACCUCAGUCAGAUGUCACUUUCCUCAGACCUCAACCAGGCAACUCUCUCUCCAGACAUCAGUCAGACAUCCCUUCCUCUUGAUCUUAGGCAGACAUCACCUCCUCUAGAUCUCGAUCAGACAUCCCACACUUCUGAAUCUAGCCAGUCAUUGCCUCUCCCAGAAUUUGGUCAGACUUUCCCUUAUGCAGAUCUUGGUCAGAUGCCAUCUCCUCCACCACACUCUCCACUAAAUAACACUUCUAUACCAAGAGAAUUUAAUCCACUGGUCAUAGUAGGCCUCAGUAGAGAUGAUGGAGAUUACAUUGAAAUUAUUCCAAGGCAGAAGGAAGAGAGCAGUGAAGAAGACUUUGGUGAAUUUGAUUUUGUGGCCUAUGAUGACCCUUACCAAACUGAUCUUAGGACAGACAUCAACUCCUCCAGAAAUCCUGACAACAUUGCAGCAUGGUACCUUCGCAGCAACAAUGGAAACAGAAAAAAUUAUUACAUUGCUGCUGAAGAACUAUCCUGGGAUUAUUCAAAAUUUGCACAAAGUGAAGACACUGAUGAUGUUUCAAAGGACACCAUAUACAAGAAAGUAGUUUUUCGAAAGUACCUUGAUAGCACUUUUAACAAACUUGAUCCUCGGGGAGAGUAUGAAGAGCAUCUUGGCAUACUUGGUCCUAUCAUUAGAGCUGAAGUGGAUGAUGUUAUCCAAGUUCGUUUUAAAAACUUAGCAUCCAGACCAUAUUCUCUUCAUGCCCAUGGGCUUUCCUAUGAAAAAUCAUCAGAGGGAAAGACUUAUGAAGAUGACUCUCCUGAAUGGUUUAAGGAAGACAAUGCUGUUCAGCCCAACAGCACUUAUACAUAUGUAUGGCACGCCACUGAGCGAUCAGGGCCAGAAAAUCCUGGCUCCGCCUGUCGGGCUUGGGCCUACUACUCAGCAGUGAACCAGGAAAAAGAUAUCCAUUCAGGCUUGAUAGGACCCCUUCUGAUCUGCCGAAAAGGAACACUUCAUAAGGAGACCAACAUGCCUGUGGACAUGAGAGAAUUUGUCCUACUUUUUAUGGUCUUUGAUGAAAAGAAGAGCUGGUACUAUGAAAAGAAGCCCACGAGGUCUUGGAGACGCACAUCCUCAGAAGUAAAAAACUCCCAUGAGUUUCAUGCCAUUAAUGGGAUGAUCUACAACUUGCCUGGCCUGAGAAUGUACGAGCAAGAGUGGGUGAGGUUGCACCUGCUGAACAUAGGCGGCUCCCGGGACAUUCAUGUGGUUCACUUUCAUGGCCAGACCCUGCUGGAAAAUGGCACUCAACAGCACCAGUUAGGGGUCUGGCCUCUUCUGCCUGGUUCAUUUAAAACUCUUGAAAUGAAGGCAUCAAAACCUGGCUGGUGGCUCCUAGACACAGAAGUUGGAGAAAACCAGAGAGCAGGGAUGCAAACGCCAUUUCUCAUCACAGACAGAGACUGUAAAAUGCCAAUGGGACUAAGCACUGGUCUCAUAGCUGAUUCACAGAUCAAGGCUUCUGAGUUUUGGGGUUAUUGGGAACCCAAAUUAGCAAGACUAAACAAUGGUGGAUCAUAUAAUGCUUGGAUCGCAGAAAAACUUUCAACAGAAUUUAACCCUAAGCCUUGGAUCCAGGUAGACAUGCAAAGGGAAGUCCUGUUCACAGGGAUCCAGACCCAAGGUGCCAAACACUACCUGAAGUCUUACUACACCACCGAGUUCUUUGUGGCUUACAGCUCUGACCGGACAAACUGGCGGAUCUUCAAAGGGAACAGCACUAGGAACGUGAUGUAUUUUAAUGGCAAUUCGGAUGCCUCUACAAUAAAAGAGAAUCAGUUUGACCCACCUGUUGUGGCUAGAUAUAUUAGGAUCUCUCCAACUAAAUCCUAUAACAAACCUGCCCUUCGAUUGGAGCUGCAAGGUUGCGAGGUUAAUGGAUGCUCCACACCACUGGGUAUGGAAAGUGGAAAGAUAGAAAACAAGCAAAUCACAGCUUCCUCAUUUAAAAAAUCUUGGUGGGGAGAUUACUGGGAACCCUUCUGUGCCCGUCUUAAUGCCCAGGGCCGUGUGAAUGCCUGGCAAGCCAAGGCAAACAACAACAAUCAGUGGUUACAAAUUGAUCUGCUCAAAGUCAAGAAGAUAACAGCGAUUGUAACACAGGGUUGCAAGUCUCUGUCCUCUGAAAUGUAUGUGAAGAGCUACACCAUCCAGUACAGUGACCAGGGAGUUGAAUGGAAACCUUACAGAGAGAAAUCCUCGUUGGUGGACAAGAUUUUUGAAGGAAAUAAUAAUAUCAAAGGACAUGCGAAGAACUUUUUCAACCCACCAGUCAUUUCCAGGUUUAUACGCAUCAUUCCUAAAACAUGGAAUCAAAGCAUUGCACUUCGCCUGGAACUCUUUGGCUGUGAUAUUUAAUAGAAUUGAUUAUUCUAAAAGAUAGGAGGGACUCAAAGAUAUCAAACCAUUUAGAGUGGACAAUGUAUUUUAGAGCUAUUUUAAAUAUUAAAAUUUUUCCACUAUUUCUCUUUUUUCUAUUAGAGAAUAAAAUUUUAUAUGUGAAACCUUUAUAACUCCUUAUAACCACUAAGUAAGAUGAUGACUAUUAUCUCUGCAUUAAUUUGAGUAUAGAUGGGAAAAUGUCAAGAACCAACAAGAAAAGGCUUAUCUUUCACUGAUUAAAAAUGCUAUAUUAAGUAAUAUUCAUGUAGUUAACAUUCUUCAUUAUAGUUCUCAAACCCUAUACACAUUAAUAAAAGAGAUAUU